GUCUGAAUAUUUUUUCAGCGUUUCUUUACCUUCUAUUCAACCCAUCAAAUUCUUCGAUUUGGUGAUCUGCUUUCUCAUACAAGAAAAGAAAGAAAAAAAAGGGUUGUUGAUCUUUGUUCUUGAGCUAAUUGAGUUCACUGAUAAGUGACUAAUGGCUGAAAAUUUUUCAGUUUGGAUUCUAGACAAAGAAAGGAGUGAUUGAUUGGGAUUUUUUCAUUUUUGGAAGAUGAGUUUGUGAGAUGAUGAUGAUGAGAAGUGAUUGUUGGAAGGGUUGAGUAUAUAUUUUGGGGGUUCGGUUGUCUCUUUGAUUUGUGAGGAUUUGAUAUGGGUGGGUGUUUUGAAUGCUUUGGAUCAUCAAACAAGGAUGGGAAUGGUGUGAAAGAAGUGGCAAAGAAGGAUUCUGAAAAGGAAGCUUCAACUGCUCAGUCUCAACAUGUGAGCAGGGUUAGUUCAGACAAGUCAAAGCUGCGGAGUGGUUCUGAUUCCAAGAAGGAUCCUAAAAAAGAACCAGCAGUUCAAAAAGCUGGACCAACAGCACAUAUCGCUGCACAGACAUUUACAUUUCGUGAGCUAGCAACUGCCACAAAAAAUUUUAGGCCAGAGUGUCUUCUGGGUGAAGGUGGGUUCGGACGUGUUUACAAGGGGCGCUUAGAGACCACAGGGCAGGUAGUUGCUGUGAAACAGCUUGAUCGAAAUGGCCUUCAAGGAAACAGAGAGUUUUUGGUGGAGGUUCUUAUGCUUAGCCUCUUGCACCAUGAGAACCUCGUCAAUUUGAUAGGCUAUUGUGCUGAUGGGGACCAGCGGCUCCUCGUUUAUGAGUUUAUGCCAUUGGGAUCAUUGGAGGAUCAUUUACAUGAUCUUCCACCUGGCAAAGAGCCGCUGGACUGGAAUACAAGGAUGAAGAUUGCAGCAGGUGCAGCGAAAGGGCUCGAGUAUUUGCAUGACAAGGCAAACCCUCCUGUCAUAUACAGAGACUUAAAAUCAUCGAACAUCCUUCUAGAUGAGGGCUAUCAUCCCAAGCUAUCUGAUUUUGGACUCGCAAAACUAGGUCCAGUUGGUGAUAAGACACACGUCUCCACCCGGGUUAUGGGGACGUAUGGUUACUGUGCUCCUGAAUAUGCUAUGACCGGCCAACUCACACUCAAGUCUGAUGUCUACAGUUUUGGAGUCGUGUUUCUGGAGAUUAUUACAGGACGCAAGGCUAUUGACAACACUCGGGCUCCAGGAGAGCAUAAUCUCGUUGCAUGGGCACGGCCACUUUUCAAGGAUCGCAGGAAGUUCCCCAAAAUGGCCGAUCCACUAUUACAAGGUCGUUACCCAAUUCGAGGACUCUACCAAGCACUUGCCGUUGCAGCCAUGUGUUUGCAAGAACAAGCUGCUACGAGGCCUCUAAUAGGGGAUGUUGUGACCGCUUUGACUUAUUUAGCUUCCCAAACUUACGAUCCAAAUUUACCCACUACUCCUAGGAACAAGGAUGACAGAAGGAACAUGGCAGAUGGACUGGAUAGUCCAGAUGGGCCUCGACGUGGCGGACACCACGGCUCACCUUCCAACCAUAAGAAUUCUCCUGAUUUCAGAAAGAGAGACUCUGUAAGGGAAUUGAAUACUGGAGCAGAGCUAGGAAGGAACGAAACCAGUGGUGGGUCUGGGAGGAAAUGGUGCGUGGAUGAACUAGAACGUCAGGAAUCUCAGAGAGACAGCCCAGCUAGUGCAGGAAGAGCAAGAGAGACUCCAAGGAACCGAGAUCUCGACAGAGAACGUGCGGUUGCGGAGGCAAAAGUGUGGGGUGAGAAUUGGAGAGAGAAAAAGCGGGCAAAUGGGAAGGGUAGCUUUGACGGUACAAAUGAGUAAAUUGCAACAAAAACCCUAGUCAUGUCACUUCGGCCUUUCUGGUGGCCAUCAUGAAGAAAGAAGAGAAGAGAAUACGCAAAAAUGUCAUCCUUUACUGCUGCUUGUAGGGGUUGAUAUGAAACCGAAUGCUUGAAGGAGAGGAACCUCAUGGGGUCAGUGUUGUAGUUUUGGGCAUUUUCAGGUAAACCCCACUGCAUAAUCUGGUAUGCAAAAUGUUAAUUUAUGUAUUUAGGGUUUUUUUUCUUUUUCUUUUUCUUUUUCGUUUUCUUUUCUUUGUGAAGUUUAUGAUACAGGAGAGAAGCUUGGAAGAUGUUUCAUUUUGUAAGCCCAUGUAUUGUAUGUGUAGCUGUGUGGGGAAAAUUUAGUGGGUGUGGUGUGAGUCUCAUUGUUCGAUUGUUAUGAUGAUGUGCUACUAUGGAUUUGAGUUGUUUGUGUUUUCGGCUUAUACUAAGGGGGUUGAUCGUUGUUGCGUCAUUGUCCAUCAAACAACCUCUGUUUCUGUGCAUGCUUGCAUCUGUGUAGGCUUGAUUUUCUUGUGAGGGCUUGUAAAUAGAUUUAAUUUUAUCGAAGUUUCAACAAUGUUUAAUGUUUUCGAUUGUCUCCGGAGUUUUAUAACCUUCGAAUUUUGUAAGACACAACAUUGAUUAUGGUUCAUAAUUGAUUUAUUAUA